CCGGCUCCGAGGAGGACCAUGACCAACGGGGUGGGGAGCGAGUCCCAGGACUUGCCGCGGCUGUGCUGCCCGGAGAAAGGGCCCAACGGCUACGGCUUCCACCUGCACGGGGAAAAGGGCAAAGUGGGCCAGUUCAUCCGCUUGGUCGAGCCGGAUUCUCCGGCCGAGAAGUCCGGGCUGCGGGCCGGCGACCGCCUGGUGGAGGUGAACGGCGAGAACGUGGAGAAGGAGAGCCACCAGCAAGUGGUCACUCGCAUCCGGAACUCGCCGGGCUCGGUGCGCUUGCUGGUGGUGGACGCCGCGACCGACGAGCGGCUGCAGAAGCUGGGCCUGGAGUGCAGCGAGGAGCUGGUGCACGCGCUGCCCGCCGGCAAGGCGGAGGGGCGCGGCGGAGGCGACCCCCAGCCGCCCGAGGCUGCCUCGCCGCGGGAAGCGGAGAAGGAACCAGACCACGCUGGCCAGCGGGAUGAACUGCGACCUCGCCUCUGUCAGAUGAAGAAAGGCCCCAAUGGAUACGGGUUCAACCUUCACAGUGACAAGACCAAGCCAGGCCAGUAUGUCCGGGCUGUAGACCCAGACUCACCGGCUGAAUCUUCAGGACUGCGUCCACAAGACCGUAUUAUUGAGGUGAAUGGGGUGUCUAUGGAAGGCAAGCAGCACUCUGAUGUAGUUGCAGCCAUAAAAGCCGGUGGAGAUGAGACACAGCUGUUGGUGGUGGACAGCUUAACGGAUGAAUUUUUUAAGAAGUGCAAAGUCCUUCCCUCAGAGGAACAUCUGACAGGGCCCUUGCCAGAACCAGUUGCCAAUGGCGACGUAGAAAAGGAGAACAGCAAAGAUGAGCAGCUGGAGCCCAUCUGUGAAAGUCCUCUUAGCCCUGACCACUUGCCUGCUUCCCCCACUGUGAAUGAGACUCACCAUGAGCUCAACUCUCAGGAGAAGGUAGAGAACCGCAGCUCCGUAUCUGACCCAGUGCUUGAUUUGGACAUCCCCCUGGCAGUGGCCAAGGAACGUGCUCACCAGAAGCGCACCAGCAAAAGGGCACCUCAGAUGGACUGGAGCAAGAAAAAUGAACUUUUCAGCAAUCUUUGAAGUGUCUCAUCCCCAAGCCGGGAGGAGAAGUGCGGGCAAUACCAUAAAAUCUGGCCUGAUUUUCCUUGACUUUCGUUAUCAGACUCCAGUUUCUUGGGGAGAGCUUCUUCCCACUCCUACCCUACCCUUUCCCCCCUCUCUUAGCCUGGGGGAUGCACAAUCUUUUCUAUCCUGUGUAAUUUGAUGAAAAACAAAUGGCACAAUGACCACUCCCGUGCAAUUCUGGGAAAGUAAAUGCAUUUUUAAAGGAUGAUGAGAUUUUUAUACACUGUCGAUAAAUACUUCAGUAGGUUUCAUAUGAGUGUAUGGCAAGGGGUUAAUUGAUCUGUGAAUUGGAAACUAAUAUGGGGACCAAGCAGAGUGCUGUUCACAUCACUGCAUUGAGGAGAAACAUGCUGGUAUUCUUUCCCCCCAAUGCAGCACUGUUCUCAGUGAAAACUUGUGUUCAGGCCAAGGUUCGACGGUACCAAGCUUAAGACACCUAAAGUGAUAUUAAUGAGCUUAGUACUCUUUAAAGAGCAUUGGUUGCAAAAACAUCUAAAUGUGAAUACCUAAAAUAGCAGAAGUUGUUGUUGUUAGCUGACUCCUGUUGGAAAAAUCCAAUUGGAUCAUGAUAGGAAUACACCUGAUUGUUUGGGGGGGACUAUAGCGUUAGGAUAAUAUGGAGGAUUUUUUAAAAAAAAAAUUGAUUCCUUGAUCUCCAUUUUGGAAGCGAAUGAACUUCCUUUUUCAUGAGGUUGCAUUUUCCUGUGACUAGAAAUUCCAUCCCUAACACUCGUCUUUUUAUCACUUUUCUGAAUAAUCAUUCAUUAGAAAAGAUUGUAAGUGAUAGUAAGGUUAUCAUUCAGGGGACAACAAGACUUCUGUUGCGUUGCCUCACUUAGGCUUCAAAUAUUUUGUCACACUCAACAUCUGAGUUGAGAAGGAAGCUUCAGAAAUGGUCUUGGCUGGGGAUUUGUUCUUGUUCUGACUAGAAAAGCUGAGUCUUCAGGUCUAACAUGGCUACUGAAAAGAGCCAAGUGUAUUACCACAGAGCUUGAGCUCAUCAGGGUUUUCAGUAAUAAUGUGUAAUUAACAGUUUAUAUAAAAACUGUUUCACUUUCUGAAAUGAGAUGUUUUCUAAUCGCUGUCUUGAUCCCCUCUCCCGUUUUGUCUACAUAUGUUGUGGAAAUUAUUCUUCUCUUUGAAUGUUUUAUUUUCUUGAUUUAAUGUUUGUAUUGUCAAAUGCAAGAAGAAAAAAAAUCUGUUUACUAGAAGGAAAAAAGUCAA